AUGGAGCUUUUGGCCACUCAAUCUGCUCAGGUCGAAACUCCGGCUCUGGAGGAGGCUCGCGCCGUGACGGCGGAACAAAUCCUUGGCAGAAAGAAGUCAAAGUCAAAAGCGAACAGUGGAGAUGAAAAGUACGAGUACUCUGUGAAAUGGCACAACUUCAGUGCCGAAAGUGUGCAGUGGGUACCGCGAGAAAUACUGGUGGAGAUGGGUCACCUCCGCAUGGUACAGCGCGAGGACGAGAAGCAAGCAGCUGCCCAUGGCCUUGUUGCACGUCCUUUGACACAGCCGCAGGUGGAAGAGCACUUAGCAGGCUUUGGACUGGAUUCAAAUUUGGCAUCUCAUACAAGGAUUGGCAUUUUGUCUGGUGGCCAGAAAGUCAAGGUCGUUCUCGGUGCUGCCAUGUGGCUGUCCCCGCAUAUCCUCAUUUUGGAUGAGCCCACCAAUUACUUGGACAGAGACUCUUUGGGAGCUCUUGCUGCAGGUUUGAAAGAAUUUGGUGGUGGAGUGAUAGUCAUCUCUCACAACCGCGAGUUUUGCCAUGCUGUUUGUGAUGAGCGCUGGGUCAUGAACGCUGGUCGAUUGAGCAGAGAAGGACAAGUGAGCAAAAUGGACGUGGCGUUGGAAGGCAAGGCAAUGGUGGACGAAUACACCGACGAGUUUGGCAACGUUCACAAGCUAAAGAAAAAGCAACCUCAGACUGAGAAGGAGCUGAAGAAGAUGAAAAGGCAGAAGGAGCUUGCUCGAAAGCGUGGAGAUGUUUUCAUUGAGGAUGAGGAUGAAUGGUGGGAUAAACUUCAAGAAGAAGUUGCCAAACCAGUGUUGAGCGAGCCUGCUACAUCCAGCUAGGAACCAGCAUUGGCUUUUGCCCUGGUGCCCUGCCAGUUUGCCAAGUUGUCCAAUGCAUACCACUGCUGCCCAUCACUGAAUCAUUCCCAUAGCGACUUGGUGCAUGCUUUUUGCCCUUGUAUAUGCCCUCCUUUCUUCCACCUCGAGUCGUGCAAACAGUUGUUUAUGAGCAUCACCAGCAUUGCUGGCAGGGCAUAUUCUGACGGGUCUCAAUGUUUGAUCGUGCAGCCUGUGUGGUGUGCUUUGCCGGUUUUCGAUAAGCGCAGACAGAGCGCAGCCGGGGAGCAGAGGUCCAUGGCCCAAGGUCGCCCAAGGUGUUGA